AUGAUAAGAAGAGUAAGAACUAUACCCACCCUACGGUUGGUAUGGGUAAAAAAAGAUUCAUAUGUUGGAGAUGAAGCUCAAUCAAAACGUGGUAUUUUAACACUCAAAUAUCCAGUUGAACAUGGUAUCAUUACUGACUUGGAUGAUAUUAAAAAAAUUUUGCAUCAUACUUUCUACAAUGAACUUCAUGUUGCACCUCAAGAACACCCAAUACUCUUAACCGAAGCUCCGUUCAAUUUAAAGGCCAAUCGUGAGAAAACAACACAGAUUAUGUUUGAAACAUUCAACUCACCUGGCUGUACUUUCUCUUUAAGCAAGUGUGGUACUACUGGUAUUGUACUUGAUUCAGGUGAUGGUGUUACACACUAUGUACCCAUCUAUGAAGGUUAUGCCUUACCACAUGCUAUCCUUCGUCUUGAUUUGACUAGUCGUGAUUUAACCGAUUAUAUAAUGAAGAUUCUUACUGAACGUGGUUAUUCAUUUGUCUUAACUGCUGAAUGUGAAAUUCUUCGUGACAUCAAGGAAAAAUUAUAUUAUGAUGUAGUUGAUUUCGAAAAAGGACUGGCAACAGCUGCAUCAACAUCAGCACUCGAAAAGAGUUAUGAAUUACCUAAUGGUCAAGUUAUUAACAUCGAUAAUGAACGUUUCCGUUGUCCAGAAUCACUUUUCAACCUUCAUUCUUGGUAUGAUAUGGAAGUUGCUGGUAUUCAUAAAACAACAUUUAAUUCAAUUAUGAAAUGUGACAUUGAUAUUCGUAAAGAUUUAUAUGCUAACACUGUCUUAUCAGGAGGUAAAAUUAAUAAUUUAUCAGAAUUAUUUUAUUUUAUUUUUCGAAUUUAUUUAAGUACUUCAAUGUAUCCUGGUAUUGCUGCUUGUAUGCAAAAAGAAAUAACAGCUUUAGCUCCAUCAACCAUGAAGAUUAAAGUCAUUACUCCACCUGAACGUAAAUAUUCAGUAUGA